CGGGUGUUUGCGUAGCUGCAGCGCAUGUUAGCCACUAAAGCAAACAACAUCAUUUAAAUGUAUUUUUCAACCCUAUAGGAGACGUAUCAUAGUUAUGGAGGUUCUUGGACCAACAGAGAAAAUGAACGACCCAAGCUUGCCUCUGUCAUCUCUUCGCCUCCUGGUUCCUCCGCUGCAGCUGCUGUCUGCUGCCAUGUGGCAGCUGGCAAAACAGAAAGAUGUGAUGAACUACAGUAAGCUUCAGGAGUUUGUGUUCAUGGUGACAGAGGCAGUGCCAGGACUGAUGAACCACAGACAGCGAGCCCAACUCAUUCUGGGCCUGAGAGCGAGACUGAUUCUGGAGCUGUGCAAAGGCUCCACUCGAGGUUCGGUUGAUUCUCAAGCAAUCCAGACUCAUUUAGAGAGACUUCCCAUAACCUCUGCAAACACUGAUUACAGGGAUGCAGAGGUGAAAGCAACAGAGUCCACUUUCAUCGCUCUUGUUCAGAGCCUGCUGAAAGAUCCAGUGGAGAGAGCGUACUUCUUCCAGGAGGUGUUUCCUGUUGAAUAUGGCCAUCAAUACGAUGCUGCCCUGCACAUGUUAUUGUGGGAGUUGCUGUCAAAACUAGAAAAGCUGCUUCCCGUGCCUGACCUCAAACAGACUGCUGCCUGGCUGGGCUCUGCUCCCUCUGUCUUGGAGGAAUGUGCUCAGGCCACACCUGAAGAGCUGAGCUUAAUCUUCAAGCACUACAAGAGUUCAGGACUAUUGAAAAUGCAGUAUGGCCCCUCAUCCACCAUUGGUAGCUGCAUCAUGUCUGCUUUAUCCAUUCCUCCCUCGCAAAAAACAAGCAUCUCAUUCGGACGUGAAUCCAUCCACAACUACGCUAACGUGCUAAGCCCCGUCACCGUAGUCAGAGCAGACCAGUACAGCGUCGUUGCCGUCUACACCGAAUUGGAAGUCGGAGUGUCGGAGGUGGGUGAAGAAGUAACCGAGUCAGCUGAAAUGCACGUUCAUACUGAUUGCUAUGAAGAAGAGAUCGUGACUGUAAGCGCUGAUGUCUCCGGCGGUGAGGAGUCUACGGGCUUGAGGGCGGAAGAGACGAGCGAAACCGUGGAUGUCGCCAAAGCUCUGGAGACUCUGACCAAAACGUUUGCGUUAAGGAAGGAGAGCCUCGGUCCAGAUGUGCCGACAGGAAAGAUUAACGACUCAAAUAACGAGAGGAGGAUUUCCAGCCUGAAUGCACAGAGAGCAACACGAACUCCGGCACAGAAUUAA